AUGUAUGCAGUUCACAAUCAAAAGGAAUAUAAUGAUUUUCGAAAUCGCAUAAUUCACAAUAAUAUUGACCAGCCUCCUUAUAAUAAUAAUGCACAAGUACUUGCGGCUCUUGCAAGAAAUGGUAGAAGAUUUCAAAGAUUAACAGGAAAAGGUUUAAUGAAACGAAAUAUUAUUCGUGAAGCCUACCGAUUACGUAUACGAAGACAACAUAUAAUUAAUUUAGCGACAAAUAAAAUUUGGAAUAUGGUCUUAACAACUUCUCAACGAAAUCGUUUUAAUUCUUUAGCUGAGAAUGCUAAUCAUAUAAAUCGAACGAUGAAUGACGCGAAUAAUAAUACUCUUGACAGAAUCACACAAAUAACGAUGCCACAAGAAACUAAUAAUCUCUUUGAAGAUAAUUUUUUUAACGGGACAAGUUUUACCGAUAACAAAGAUUUGAAUUUACCAGCGGGAUUUGCAUCAUGUUUAUUUGAGUAA